AUGGGUAUUGAUCGUCUGGAACAAGAAAUAGCUAAUGAGUCUUCUGAACCUGUACGUGUUUUAAAUAGUGAGGUGAACGGGAAUGGGAUUCUUGAAAUGUCUGAAACCGAACCAACACAAACACAAUAUUCUACAGUUACUGACGAGGAUGAAUCACAAUCGGAAACGCGAAGCAAUAAUGCUAGUGAAGUAACAGAGAAUAAUGUAACCGUUUUGAGACACCGAGGUGGAUCAAAUUUGCAAAUUUCAACUAAAUCGUCAAAGUCAACAGGCUUUACAGUCGGUUUAUCUUCGGGAUCAACGAUUUCGUCCUCUGCAGGCGAAGGGAGUAGUCGCACUGUUAGAAGAGGUUCACAGAGCAAAAAUAAUGAGGUUCAUACAAAUAGUGGUAGCUCUGAAUAUGAAUGUAAUAUUUGUUUUGACACAGCAUCUUCACCUGUUCUAACUUUAUGUGGGCAUUUAUUUUGUUGGCCAUGUCUGCAUCAAUGGUUAGAGGCACAAUCUCAAAAUCCACUAUGUCCUGUAUGCAAAGCGGGAUGCGGACAAGAUAAGGUUAUACCAAUUUACGGAAGAGGAAAAGAGGCUAAAGAUCCUAGGAAAAAUUCAGAUAUUCCAAAUCGUCCCGCUGGUCAAAGGCCUCAACCACAAAGAGAUCCAAAUCAACCGAGUGCACAGUUUUUUCCUGGUUCAUCAUUUCAUUCGAAUGCAUUUGGACCACAUUUUUCAAUUUCAGCUAGUACAAUAUUUCCAUCAUUUUUUGGGGCACAAUUCACUUUUCCUCCUCCGAAUGGACCCCCUUCACCACAACAAGCCUUUAUCUCAAGGCUUCUUUUGAUGUUUGGCUGUCUUAUUCUUAUUAUGAUUUUGCUUUAUUAG